CAACAAUAAACCAAAACCGAAUAUUUCAACAAAACUACUUUUCAGUGUCAGAAUUCCACGCCUUUUAAAGAUUUCCGUCCUUAAUUUGUUAUUAAAUUCUCGUAAUUGAUCAAUGGCCGCAUAAAAAUGACCUGAAUCUCGCUAAAAAAAAAACAAAAAUCGCAGUGUUUUUAGGCCCCUUAACCUCGAGAAAAUGUCAUCCCAGUUCUCCUUGUCAGGCAGUGGUCGACAGCAGAAGAGAUUCUCGAUAGACGAUGCUUUCGAAGAAGAAACUGACGAAGCUAUAAAGGUAUAUGGGUCCACAGGUCCCAGAUCACCAGUUUCUAACACCAGUAGGAAUAUAUUGGGAGAGGGUGACCAUGUCAACGUUAAUAUUGAGAACGGACGAACUUACAAACUGGCGAAUGAUGCGUCGAGAGAUAGUGACUCAUUAAUACAAGACUACUACGACUGUUCUAGUCAAGAGAACUUGCACCGAUCCUGCUUUAAGCACCCUAAAGUAAGGGAGAACUGGCGAAUGGUGUUGGCAGCAGCAACGUUACUAAUAAUAGGCAUAGGUCUGUUAGCGACUGGUACCGUGACGUUAUCGGAACCCAACUCAGGGUUGCAAGGGUCUGUGUUUCUGCUGGCGGGGUUCAUAUGCUUUGUGCCGGGGGCGUAUCACGUCGUGUAUAUUUAUUUGGCGGCUAAGGGGAAGAGGGGGUACCACUUUCACAAUCUACCAUUGUUCACGUAGAAAUGUUUCACCGAGGCAGGUAAAAUGGGUUAUUAAAGCAUUUUUAUGAGUGUGUAUUUACUUGUUUUUAUGUGGUAAGUUUUUAAGGUUAUCAUUAACAGACGUUGAAUGUAUCGUAACAGAGAUUGCAAUAUUUUCGUAAUCGACUUAAUAAGGUUAGCGUUUUUCUCUCUCCGGAUGAAUCAUAUUCUUGUAUUGGACUUCUAAACCGUUACCAUAUGUCCGUCAUCUCAUGAUCGGAAAUUAAUUGUUGAUGUAAUCCCCAAGUUGUUUGAUUCUAUAAAAUUUGCCACGCCCCCGUUUUUGGGGUAUUUGAACACAAAUGAUUUGAUUUGUGGCCCUUUGAAGGCAGUUUAAGUUGACGAUCGCUUGUAAAUUUGUAUUACAAUGAGAAUUUUUUUUCAAAAAUAAUUGUAACUUGUUCAAAUACCUCAAAAUAUAGAGGCGGGGAAAAUCCAUAGUCUAGUAGCUCGUACAUUAUAAUGUUGUUUUUGACUACUGCUCUUGAUUGUAGUGGGCUAUGACUAGACUCGUACAAAUCAAAUUUGCCAUGCUAAAUACUCAUUGUUUAAAUCUAGCAAUUGUUUCCAGUUUCAUAGCCUACUAUACAAGCAUUGUGAAUUAUUGUUCUUUAAGAUCCUUAAACGUAAAGGUUACUGGUUCUGGUUUACUUGCCGCAGAUCGAUAAUCAAACUUGAUUACAUUGGCUUUUCUCACGAAAACUGUAGUGGAGGCAAAUGAUUAUGUAUUUUACAUAUCUCCGAGUAGCUUCACCACUCUGUCACCAGUAGUUUCUCUACUCGAAAGGUCGACUUUUUUGAAAAGUUACUUUUUAUGCGAGGAGAGUAAAAAUUUUUUUUUAUGCCAAAGGUGAAUAUAUUUAGCACGCCAGCUUAAGGAAUAAUACAUGCUUUUACGAACUUCUAGAUGCCUUUCGUGAAGGGUUUUGUUGCAAGUUUUUUAUUGAAGUCGUUAUUUUUUUCUCGGCACCACUCGGGUAAAGAAAAAGUAGUCGGAAAUGUUUUUGGUGUCGGAAUUCGUUUUCGAUCCAUGGAGAAGAAAAAUACGGCUUCGGUGAAAAAUAAGAUAUAUUCUUAGUAUUAAAAAGAUUCCAAAUUAAAUAAUUAUGUAAUGCAAUGCAAGAAAGGUAACAGUUGACUGUUUGAAAUCAAAGGAAAUUAUUUUUUGACUGCGUUUUGUGAAUAUUUUUUUUUUUAUUUAAUUUUAGGUAAAUUAUUUUCAUAAUUCAACUUUAAGCUAUUUAAAGUAGGAUAAAUUGUAACACUUAAUAUAAGUUUGAAAUUCGAGCUUUAAAAACAUUAUAUGUAAGCCAAGUCUUUUUUACUUAUGUGUCACUGUAUAACUAUA